AAUUGUGGAAAUUUAGAUGAUAUCCCCAAUAAUCAGCCUUUCUAGCUCCUUCUGCAUUAUAUGCUUAUCUGAAAACUUUUUACAAACUAAAAAAAGAAAAUGAAAGGAGUCAAAUUAUUAUUAGAAACUUCUUUUUUCUUCAUUAGAGUUACAAUAAUGGUGAUGAUUAUCUUUUAUUGAGUGUGACAGGUGCUAUUGUUGAUUUUUUACAAAUAUCUUAGAUCGUCAUAUCAACUAUUUAAUUAUUAUUGACACUUUAUAUAUUAGAAACCUAAAAUUCAGAUUUUAAGUGAUCUGCUCAGGCUCAUCAGUAGAGCAGGUACUAGAGUUCAAGUUUUCCUGAUUCCAAAAUGAUUGCUACAUUCUCCAUCACGAACCAACUCCCCUUCCUUAGAUUCUCAUUGUCACCCCAACAUAUCCAUAUCCCGAAGUUCCACAGGGUUUUUAUUCAUCUCUAACUAGUUAAUCUUUUUGCCUUGGGGUUUUAGUGAAGUGGCCAUUCUCAUUCAUUGGCUGAGAUACUUACGGGCAGUGCACGAAAUUAUUAAUCUUUCUGGUUCAACAACUUAAGUCUACAGCCUAUCACAUCUCACAUCAGCAAAUAAACACCAGGGAGGGGGGAAAAAAAAGAAACACACUAAGCGGAUAGAUGAAUGGGCCAAUCCUGUGGCUGAGGAGAGUAUUUCCUCUCUUUUCUUUGUUAGCCUAAUAGGUGAGGAUUGUGGUAAGAGAUUUUAAAAGCACCUGAGAAAGCAGUGACAAGUAGUGACUGCUCUGAGUUCACAUAAGUCUCAAGCAGCUUUGACUUUUCCCUAAAGAGUUAGUCAGGAGGGACCCUAACAAGUCUGGUUUAGAUGGAGGAGAAGAGUAAGAAGGACCACCGGGCUCUGCUCAACCAAGGAGAGGAGAAUGAACUGGAGGUGUUUGGUUACCGGACCCAGAAUCUACGCAGAGCUCUGUGCCUUAUAACAACCAUGCUGACAUGUGGGGUUCUUCUGCUGGUGUUCUACUGGAAGCCCCAGUGGAGAGUGUGGGCUAAUUGCAACCCAUGCUCUUUGCAAGAAGCAGACACUAUUUUGCUAAGAACAACGGAUGAAUUCCAAAGAUAUACGAGGAAGAAGGUUAUAUGCCUCUACUUAGCUACACCGAAGUUUCCUAUAAGCAAGAACCCAGAAGAACCCCUGGUGGCUGACCGCCACUCUGUCAUUAACAAUGCGGUAUUGAAGCCAGAAUUAAAAGUAAGCAAUUUUGAGCGCAAUGUUAUGGCAUGUCUUUGCUAA